GGCACUUUCUUCCCUUCCAGAAGAAGCGUGGUGAAGAUGGCGGCGCAGAAUUCGGUGCCGAGUGAUCUGUACAAAUGCGUAUAUACAUUUCUGCGGGAUAAUAAGUUCACUAAGGCGGCGCAGCAGUUUCUGAAACAGACUAAAGUGACUCCACAGGAUGAAAACGAAGAAAACCUCGUCAACAUCUUCAACUUCUGGGUUAAAUCUCCUGAGUCCAAGAAACGAAAAGCACUUCCCAAUAAGGGUGAAGCUAGCAACGGUCCAUCGGCAAAGAAAGCAAAAACCACUACAGAGAGCUCCAGCAGCGAAGAGUCAAGCAGCGAGGAUGAAGAAGCUUCUGCAAAACCAACUAAGGCAGCCCCUGCAGCAGCCAAGGUGGUGCCUGCUAAAGCUGCAGCAGCUGCUAAAGCUGCAUCCAGCAGCAGUGAAGACUCCAGUGACUCUGAGGAGGAGAAGGCUCCUGCAAAGGCUCCUGUAAAGCCAGUUGCUGCUGCUGCUCCUGCUGCAAGGAAGAAAGACAGCAGCUCUAGCAGUGAAGAAUCUGACUCUGAGGAUGAGCAGCCCACUAAAGCCCCUGCACCAAAACCCAAGGCAGGUGCGGUCACAACACCCAAACCAGCUGCUCCUACCAAAGGUGCAGGUCAGAAAAAGCAGGAGAGCAGUUCUGAAGAUAGUUCCUCAGAUUCUGAAGAUGAAGAACCAGCUAAGGCUCCAGUCAAACCUGCCCCAGUAAAGGCUGCUGCUGCUGAAUCAAGCAGUGAGGAAGACUCUUCUGAAGAUGAGGCUCCUCCCAGCAAAAAACCCAAAGCAGGAGCGUACAGUGCAGUCCCACCUCCUGCUUCAAUCCAGAAAGCACCAGCUGCACCGGCAGCCAGCAAGGCCAAAGACAGCGACUCUUCAGAUAGCAGUGAUGACAGCAGUGAUGAGGAAGAAGAAAAGAAAGUAGUUGCAAAACCUGCACUGGUUAAGACCAAUGCUGCCAAACCUGUUGUGGCCAAACCUUCUGCAAAGAAGCAGGAGUCCAGCUCUGAGAGCUCAGAUUCAAGCUCCGAUGAAGAGGAGGCAAAGAAGCCCGCAGCCAAAGUCACCCCAGCUAAAGCUGCCCCAGUCAAACCUGCUGCAGCCAAAGCUGCACCUGCUAAAAAGGACGACUCAGACUCAGACUCAUCGAGUUCGGAAGAUGAAGAGGAGGUGAAGAAACCUGCAGCGAAGGUGACCCCUGCUAAAGCUGCCCCAGUCAAACCUAUUGCAGCCAAAGCCACACCUGCUAAAGAAGACUCCUCAGAGGAGGAUUCCAGUUCAGAUGAGGAGGAGACGGCAGUAAAGAAGCCUGCAGCAAAGAAGCCUGCAGCAAAGAAGCCUACAGCCAAACCCGCACCUGCCAAGACUACCCCAGCUAAAAAAGACGAGUCCUCAUCCUCCGAUUCAGAUAGCAGCUCUGAAGAUGAGGCUCCAGCAAAACCUGCCACUAAAACUGCAGCCCCACCCAAACCUGCUGCUGCCUCCAAGCCCCCAGCCAAGAAAGCAGAGAGCAGCUCUGAUAGUGAGGAUUCCUCUGAGGAUGAGAAAGAUCCAGUGAAAGCCAAGACAGCAGCCAAACCAGCCACGUCUUCAAAGCCUGCUACCCCUGUCGCAAAGCCUCCUGCAGCAGCAGAGAGCAGCUCAGACUCUGACUCUUCUGAUGACGAGGAACCAGCUAAGGCCAAGCCCGCAGGAACUAAACCUGCUACCCCGGCUUCAAAGCCUGCUACUCCUGCAGCCAAGCCUGCUGCUGCAGCAGAGAGCAGCUCAGACUCUGACUCCUCUUCUGAAGAUGAAAAACCAGUCAAGGCUAAACCUGCAGCGGCUAAACCAGCAACCCCAGCCUCAAAGCCUGCUACUCCUGCAGCCAAGGCGGCUGCAGCGGCAGAGAGCAGCUCAGACUCUGAUUCCUCUUCUGAAGAUGAAGAACCAGUCAAGGCUAAACCUGCAGCGGCUAAACCUGUAGCAGCUAAGCCAGCAACCCCAGCCUCAAAGCCUGCUACUCCUGCAGCCAAGCGUGCUGCAGCGGCAGAGAGCAGCUCAGACUCUGACAGUGACAGCUCAGACUCGGAGAAUGAGGCCACCAAACCUGCGGUCAAGAAACAAACUCCAGCAAAAGCAGCAGCGAAGAAGCCUGCCGCUGCCGCCAAGGCUCCUGCAGACACCAGUGACGACAGCUCCAGUGAUGAGGAAGAACCGAAGAAGGCAGCACCAGCACCCAAGCCUGCACCCACGAAGGCGGCUGCUGCUCCAACAAAGAAGGCUGAGAGCAGCUCUGACUCAUCAGAUAGCUCUGAUUCUGAGACGGAGACCAAGUCCACCCCUGCUAAGCCUGCAGUCACCAACGGCAAGGCAGCAACACACAAGACAGCCAGUGCAGCAGCCAAGGCCCCAGCAAAGCCAGAGGAGUCCUCGUCCAGUGACAGUAGUUCUGAGGAGGAGGAAGACACAAAGGUGAAAGCACAAAAACCUGCUGCAACAGCAAAGACAACUCCAGUAGCUAAAGCUAAAGAGAGCAGCAGCAGUUCCUCAGACAGUUCAUCCGACGAGGAGGAACCACCGCGCAAAGCAGCCACAGCACCCACCACCCCUGUAACAAACGGUACCAAAGGAAAGAGAAAAAGAGAUGAUGAAUCAUCAGAAAGUGAAGAGGAAGAGACAGAGGUCACAACACCCAAAAACAAGAAAGCAACAACCACACCUCAGACUUUCCCUAAAGCCAAUAAGAAGUCCUCCAACAUACCCUUCCGUAGAAUAAGAGAGGAAGAUGUAGAUGUGGAUCCUCGUCUUGCAGACAACUCGUUUGAUGCAAAGUCUGGAGCCAGAGGAGACUGGGGUGAGAAAGCUAACGAUGUACUCAGGUUCACAAAAGGCAAGUCAUUCCGUCACGAAAAGACGAAGAAGAAGAGGGGGAGCUACCGCGGCGGCGCCAUCUCCACCACAGUUAACUCCAUUAAGUUUGACAGUGACUGAGCACCCCCUCACCUCGGUCACCUUCACCUGAACUGUACUGUACAUGCGUGAUCAGGACUACCAGUUGUCUGCUUCUUCCCCCUGUAUCCAGUCCCUCUGUUAUCACCACCAAGCAGCUGCAGCACACUGACAGAAGAAUGUGACCUGUAGAGCUGAGCUGGCACUUCAAUUUAGUUAGCUGCCCUUAGUUUGUAAUGGACACUGUUCGUUUGAUCUCUGUGGCAGCAGGAGAGAGAUGUACCCAGCUGUGACUUCAGACUGUACUGGUUGACAUCCAUGUGACAUUAUUAUACUUAUAGCCACUAGGUGGCUGCAGGCCACCUGUGAAUGGUAAAAAGCCAAUGUGUGUGUUGGGCCCCCUUUUUUUCUUGUUUUCACUUUGUUGACCUGUACUUUACUCUCAAAUGACAAAUGUCCUGUCAGUUUUCGGUAAAAUCAUUUUUUUUCUUUUAUCUAUGAGUGACAGCCAGCCAUCCCAUCAGGCUCCUCUGUGUUUAAAAAGGCUAAUUGGAUUGGAUUCUUGAAGUCUGUUUAGUUUUUUGUUAAUUUUUAUGUGGCUACAUUUAAAUGUGGGGAGGGUGUGUGCUUGGGCUUUUUCUCUUAACAUUACACAAAAACACUUAGUGAGUACAACUGAGUUUUAUACUACGUAUUUAUUAAGUUUUAUUCCAUUUCAAACUUUAGGACCUCAGCUGUUUCUUCCCAUGCUAUUCUCAAGCCAUUUUGCUUAGAAACUUCUUCUGAUGUUAUGACGCCCCUGUCAGCCCCUCCCUGUUUUGUUCGAGUUAAUUAUUCAUAAACAUAAUGGAGCCAUGAUUGUUUCAAUUGUUUGAAUUUAUGGAAUAAACUUGUCAUUUUUUUAUUACCAAUUCCUGUAGCUAUAAUUAAAGACCUAACAGAUUAAA